GUGUCCUGGCAUUGUGGGUCUUGGUGACUCAUGUGAUGUACAUGCAGGAUUACUGGAGGACCUGGCUCAAAGGGCUGCGAGGCUUCUUCUUCGUGGGUGUUCUCUUCUCAGCCGUCUCCAUCUCUGCCUUCUGCACCUUCCUGGCAUUGGCCAUCACCCAGCACCAGAGUCUCAAAGACCCGACCAGCUACUACCUCUCCUGCGUCUGGAGCUUCAUCUCUCUCAAGUGGGCCUUCCUACUCAGCCUCUACGCCCACCGCUACCGGGCUGACUUUGCUGACAUCAGCAUCCUCAGUGAUUUCUGACCCAGGGAAUGAGAUCACUCCAGCCUGGGGGUCCCUCAGGACCUGUACUCAGCUUCUGAGUCAGCAAGUGAGCCUGCCCCAAACCCUGGGGACUCCAGAACCGUGGCAGAGCAUAGGCAGCCGGGUCAGUUUAGUACCCCAGAAAGCCAUCUGGUCCCCUUUCUGGGGGAAGACAGAACUGUUGAAGGGGCACUGCCAGCCUGCCCAUUAGCCUGGCUAGAGGGCAGCUUAGCUCUUUCCAAAUGGAUCUAUUUUCUUAGCACUCUGAGGAACCUUGUAAGUAGGACCACGAUAAUGAACUCAAGGUGUCAAGGGUUAGGAUUGUGAGGUCUGAACGUAAUGGCAGGGUGGGGGACAGGCUUCCUUGCUGCCCCAGACUUCAUUGAAGCAUGUGUGUGGGAGGCAUCUGGAAAGUUUCAUCAAGUAAGGAAUCUCCACUCAGAGAUCUCCAAAUCCCACCCCAGCACCUCUGCUCUGUUGUCCUCAAGGGUCAGGUAGUUGACUUCAUCAGUUCCUAGGGAAGUGACAAUUGGCUCUUUCCUCAAGCUGCAAAACUGAACAGAAUCCAGUGUCUCUCCUCCUGUCUUCCCAUCCAGAGUUUGUUUCCCAUGAGGGUGCUAGAGCCAGCCAACCAUUCCUGUGUCACAUAUGCUCACAUGACCACAUAUUACCAGAGCUGGACUCCUUGGAUGAGGCUAGACCUGAGGACCACUGGAAACAUACCCCUGCACCUACAAGGGUUUUGGGAUAGGGGGCAAGCUGGUGGGGGCUAGAGAGCUCUACAGCUGUAGUCUUGAGUCUCCAGCCUUUCACUUCACCUGUCCCUCACUGCACAAGACCACACCCCAGCCAUGAGGACCUUCUCCCUGCACCAGACCCCAACAUUGACGUUCAUCUUUAUCUCCUGGAUGGACAUGGGCCCAAGGCCUUACCUAAGUAGAGAGGGAGGGCAGGGGCUGCUAUAUACAUCCUUUUAUGUUAGGUUGCCGUUUUGCACAUCUACUUUUCCACCCAGGUCCUGCCCCUCGCUCUCUGCCUUACCUGUGUCACUGUCACUUUAGCAGAAAUACAGCGGCCAUUUUUAUCAGCCUCAGGGUGUUUCUUGGCGAGGGAGGGGACUUGAGAGGGGACUAUAAGAGUGGACAAGGAGGGGGGCUCUACCUAUCUGAAUAUUUCUCUAAGGUUAGCUCUGGGCUAGCGGGCAGCCUGCCCCCUCUUGGCCUGAGGAGACCACUAACUCAGACCUUUGCUCUCCCAGCCCUGCCCUAUGAGGCUAAAAUCUCCACAGUCCCAGCAUCCCCUGCAGAUUCCAUACCCACCUCCUAGGCUAGGGAAGGGAUUUUUUUUUUUCUCCUACCCCAAACAGACUGCUUGGGGCUCCAAGGUAUAUGGUGACCAGGCUGGGUAGAUUUAGAACCAGAAAGACAAAAGCUGACACCCCCUUUGCUUAUGCUGGAUACUUUUUUCAGGCCUCUUGCCUUGUCCACCCUUUUACUUUAUGGUAUAUGCUUCAAACACCAUGGUGCUUUAGAGCAGGUAGGAAGCAGAAACCACGUCCACGUCUAGAGCCUUUUACCAAAAGAUACACAAGGCAGCGACUCUACUGACUCCCAGCUAGGACCUAAGCCCAGGUGUGUCUGCUUCAUGACCUUUUUGGGGGUGUCUUGACAAACUGAGUCUGAGAACUGGUCCCCGUAUCCCACAGGGCCCAGCCUGUAGGGCUCAGCCCUGGAGCAUCUCCUUUUUCGCCUGGGUUGGUAAGCAUGUAUUUGGGGUGGGUUCUCCCUGCAUGCAGUAGCCAUGGAAGGGCAAGGGACUAGAGGGUCUGAGUUUGGCCCAAACUUGCCCCCUUUCUUAGCCCAUCUCAGGUGCACACCCACCCCACUGAUGACAUCUAACAUCCAGGAUGUGUACUCACAAGGACUUUAAAGCAAAUAAAACAUUUAUUGUUCAGGG